GUAGGAGCACUUCAAGUCUUCUUCUCUUCAUCCGGGUCCUGGGCUGUGAGUGAAGAUGUGUGAUGAAGAAGAAACCACUGCUCUGGUGUGUGAUAACGGAUCUGGACUGGUGAAGGCUGGAUUCGCUGGUGAUGAUGCACCCAGAGCCGUGUUCCCCUCCAUCGUGGGCCGACCUCGCCAUCAGGGUGUGAUGGUGGGUAUGGGUCAGAAGGACAGCUACGUAGGAGAUGAAGCUCAGAGCAAAAGAGGAAUCUUGACCCUGAAAUACCCCAUUGAGCAUGGCAUCAUCACCAACUGGGACGACAUGGAGAAGAUUUGGCAUCACACCUUCUACAACGAGCUGCGUGUGGCUCCUGAGGAACAUCCGGUUCUCCUGACUGAAGCUCCACUCAACCCCAAAGCUAACAGAGAGAAGAUGACACAGAUCAUGUUUGAGACCUUUAAUGUUCCCGCCAUGUAUGUGGCCAUCCAGGCUGUUCUGUCUCUGUACGCUUCUGGUCGUACCACCGGUAUUGUACUGGAUGCUGGUGAUGGUGUGACCCACAAUGUUCCUGUAUAUGAGGGUUACGCUCUACCUCACGCCAUUAUGAGACUGGAUCUGGCCGGUCGGGAUCUGACUGACUAUCUGAUGAAGAUCCUGACAGAGAGAGGAUACAGCUUUGUUACUACAGCUGAGCGUGAGAUCGUGAGGGACAUUAAGGAGAAGCUGUGUUACGUGGCUCUGGACUUUGAGAAUGAGAUGGCCACCGCUGCCUCCUCUUCCUCUCUGGAGAAAUCAUAUGAGCUUCCAGAUGGUCAGGUCAUCACUAUUGGUAAUGAACGUUUUCGCUGCCCGGAGACGCUCUUCCAGCCAUCUUUCAUCGGUAUGGAGUCGGCUGGAAUCCAUGAAACCACCUACAACGGCAUCAUGAAGUGCGACAUCGAUAUCCGUAAAGAUCUUUAUGCCAACAACGUGCUGUCUGGUGGUACCACCAUGUACCCGGGUAUCGGAGACAGGAUGCAGAAAGAGAUCACCGCACUUGCUCCCAGCACCAUGAAGAUCAAGAUGAUUGCUCCUCCUGAGCGUAAAUACUCAGUGUGGAUCGGUGGCUCCAUCCUGGCUUCUCUCUCCACCUUCCAGCAGAUGUGGAUCAGCAAGGAUGAAUAUGAAGAGGCCGGACCAUCCAUUGUCCACAGGAAGUGCUUCUAAAGACCGCACACACAUACACACACACACACACACACACACACACACACAUACACACACACACAUACACGUACUGAUCUGUAAAUACACUGCCAGUAAACUUCACAUGAACUGCAGAAGUGCACACGUCAUGAGCAGAACUGUGAUGUGAUGGAACGUGAUGUGAUUAAAUCUGUGCUGAUUACAUUUACACAAACAAAUACAAUAAACGUUAAUACAAAUACA